AUGACAAAAAGCGAUUUCAUUGGCUGAAAGACCCGUUGUCACGGUGAACAGAGUUUUCUAGUAUUAAAGAGUAUUGGAAACUUACCGGGCAUAGUGAUAGGUUUUAUGAAUGGACAGAUGCUUGUUAAGAAAUAUUGGAUAGCAAGUGUUUGUACUGCGGGUCUUCUACAACACUGAUGUUAUACAGAAUAGUAGAGCUGGAAUAGAUUUACUCAGUAGGAAAUCCAGUUUUCGUGGAACAUAUUUCACAUUCAGACUCCGAACAGAAUAAAUUGAGAUAUUGUAGGGUUUUAAAUGGUGAAAAAGAGGUAAUACAUACAUGCAAAACUAUUCGUUAAAAUCUACAUUCGGCAUUCUGUGCUAGUUUAUACGUGGAAGAAUAGGCAACUAAGCAACCCCUCAAUCAUGGCAACAACAGUAUCACCCACUGCUAAGAUCAAUGCAAGUGCUUCGAUUAACAGAACUAAUGUCAGUACAGCGGCUGGACAACUAGAUCAUUUCUACUUCUAUCAGACUGAGGAAGUUGUAUUCUUGUCUAUUUUGUUAUUCUGUAUCGUGCUGGGAAACUCUAUCGUUCUUCUGGCUCUUGGUUUGUCGAAGCGCCGACAUUCAAGGAUGCAUUUCUUUAUAAUGCAUCUUGCUUUAGCAGAUCUGUCGGUAGGUUUAGUUACUGUGUUGGGUGACCUCGUGUGGAAGAUUACAGUGAAAUGGUAUGCUGGGGAUGUCAUGUGUAAACUGCUCAAGUUUGCUCAGGCUUUUGUUAUGUUCGCCUCUACAUACAUGCUGGUGGCUCUCAGUAUUGACAGAUACGACGCCAUUGCUAGACCUCUGUCCUUUUCAACAACUUGGACACGGUGUAAAGUCCUUGUUGGAGUGGCCUGGGGACUCUCAGCUCUAUUUGCCAUACCAAUGUUAGUUUUCUCGGGUGUUUCUGACGGUUCAUAUGAAUGUUGGUUGGCAUUUCCUGAAAACUAUCACUGGAUAAUAUAUUUUGUUGCUGUGAUGACAGCUGUAUUAAUAUUGCCCGCCUUAAUUAUUGCUGGAUGCUACACCCUCAUUAUUGUGAUCAUAUGGAAAAACAGCCAUCUUCUAGAAUCUACACGGCCUAAACAAGUGUACACUGCAGAGAAAAAAUUCUUAGUAUCAUCUUCACACGAGAUUUCAGCAAAAAAUGGUUGCACACCGACGGGAUCUCCGAAGUCAAACAGAAUAAAAAGUGGAAAUAUUGGAGGCCGAAGUUCUAAAGGCAUUAUACCACAGGCAAAAAUCCGCACUAUCAAAAUGACAUUUACGAUUGUGACAGCGUUCGUUAUCUGCUGGAGCCCAUAUUUUAUAUUCAACCUACUGAGCCUGCUUGGAUAUGUUCCACGUACUCAACAAAUGGUUGCUGUAUCAACAUUUUUCCAAAGUUUAGCUCCUCUUAACAGUGCCGCUAAUCCUAUCAUAUAUGGUAUAUUUAGCACUAGGAUAUGUCGAUAUCUCAGACAAUUAAGAAUAUUCCGUUGCAUUUCAACACUUUUUUGUUGUCAAGAAGGUCCAACUCCAAGAAGCUCCGGAUUCUCAGAGGUCUCCAACUACACCGACGCAUGCGGGGAUUACAUCAGAAGAUCACCGCGAAAUUUUGGUGAAUAUCCACGAAGAUCUCCAAGAAAUUCCGAGGACUUCCUGUGUAAGUCUCCGAGGACAAUGAACAACAGUGAUUCUUAUUCGUUAAAGGCAUCACAUUAUGUCGCGACUGGCGAAUAUUCUAAUAAGCGUCCAUCACGGACAGGAAACAACAUUGAGAUGUGUGACUUUAUACUCAUUGCUGUGAAAAAGGAUAAUAAAUUACCGUAAUAUCUAUGUCUUGUAAAUACGUAAAACGAGGGUCAUUAUACAAUACCUACAUAUCAUUAAAUGCUGACCGAUUAAUUGGUUUUCUCAUAUCUCGACGUCGUUUAUAGCAGUCUAAACGCAACACAUUGCAUUCAGUACUUACGUCUAAUGUAUCAUUUUCCGCAAAGGCAUAUCUAGAGCAAAAAUAAGCUUAUUAGUAAAUUAGCACGUUUUGGCAUAUAUUCUGUCAGUAAGCGCCAUGUUCUUACAUUUAUAAAAUUUAAUGUAAAUAUAAUGUUUUACAAUAAUAUUGUAAUGACUAAACAAAAAUGACAUCAUAUCAUCAAGAAUUCGGUGCAUAUUUGUUGUGUGCAUAUUUUUAGGCAGUUAGCAUAACAGACAUUAGAAAAUAUAAAUGUUAACGUCUUCAAAGUUCUAUUGUCGCCACUUGACAUACUGUAACCGUACAGGUAAUAUUACAUCUUAAUUGGCUGAAAUAAAAGCUUUUCGUUAACAGUUUACCGAAAUAUUACAAUCUUUUAUCUUCUUCUGGCCAAUAAACUACAAUCAUUGGUAUCAAAUCAAUAGCAGCUUGUUCGUGGCUAGCAGCGAAUAUCACGCGGAUGGGUAGGUUCGAAGCAUGUUCGCGGCAUGUUCACAUCUUUUUGACCAUUUCAUAAGUGACAAGAGCGCUCAGUAAGUUAAACAUUUAGUUGUUGUAGCUCUACCCUAAUACGGACUUCAUCGACAGAUUAUAUCCGUUCACCGUCACUGACAAACCAUUAAUCUUAAAUUUACAAUGACCCUCGUAUUUUUGUUUAUUGCCUUAUAUUCGCAGUCAUUAUUGAUAUUAAGAAAACAGUACAGAGCUUAAAAGUUUUUUCUUGUAAGUAUUUCAAUGUUUUGAUGUUAUUUGAUUAAACUAUUUGAACUCGUU